UCUGCUGCUCUGUAAUGUUUGGUUCUCUGCAACGUCAAAGCUCCCUUAUAUACUCGCCUGUGUUCAGUUUUUUCAGAUUUCCUUGUCCUGAAAUGCAUACAAUCAGAUGCGUGUCAAUGCUUCAAUUCAGCUACAGUGGGACUUUGUGGUAGGGUUUUAACGUUAUAAGCCCUAAUUCUGUUUUGCUUCUUGGCUUGUUAUCCCUCUCCCUUUCUCUCUGUCACACACCUAUACAACCAGAAAUGAAUCUGAAACACUUCUUUUCCAGACAAACAAUCAACCAUAUUUCAAAACUUGAAAGUAGGAUUUUAUCCUCAUACACAAACUGUCACCGGAAUGCCUCCACUAUUACCUCCCAAAUUUCCGCAUCCAUUCAUUCACCAAACAGUCGAGCCUCUCCUCCAAUCCUAAACUCUAUAUACCCAAAACCCUUUUGGCAUUUCAACAGAUACAUUCAUUCUAGUCAAGAAGGUAAAUUGGAUGACUCGGGGAGUGACAUGGAGGACGAUACAGAGGAGGAUGGAACCAUGAAUGAGUUCUUAUCCCGAUUUGUCUGGAUAAUGCGUGGGAAGCUCAAUGAAGCCUACCCCGACUUUGACAAGAAGGCAAUUGACAGCAUGCUUCUGAUCAUUGUUGGGAAGGUUGUAUUGGAAAUGGAGAAAGGUGGCCUUGAGCAGAUGCUCAGUGCAGCUGCAGCCACUCCGUCACAAGACUUCAGUGAAGAUUUGUGGAAAACAGUGUGGGAGGUUAGCAAUGUGGUAUUGGAAGACAUGGAGAAAGCAAGGAAGAAGGAAAAAAUGAAGGGUUUUCUUCAAUCUGAAGAAGUUAAGGAGAUGUAUAGAUUUGCUAGUGAAGUGGGUAUUCGUGGGGAUAUGCUAAGAGAGCUUAGGUUUAAAUGGGCUCGUGAGAAAAUGGAAGAGAGUGAGUUUUAUCAGAGUUUAGAGCGUCUCCAGAAAGAGGAAGGCCAGGCUCGGCAAGAAGGUAAUGAAACAGUCGGCAAGGAAUAUGGAACCAUGGGUGAAGAGGCUGUUGGAGAUGAUACGGGCGUUGCUGAAGAGAAAUCUAAGGUUGUUACUCUCCCUAAGAGACGAGGGAAAAUUAAAUACAAGAUUUAUGGUCUUGAUCUCUCCGACCCAAAGUGGGCUGAAGUGGCUGAUAAGAUUCAUGAGACUGGAGAAGUCAUUUGGCCUCAGGAACCAAAGCCAAUAUCUGGGAAAUGCAAACUUGUUACUGAGAGUAUCUUUUCAUUGCAAGAGGAGGAUGACCCUUCUCCACUGUUAGCUGAAUGGGUAGAGCUUCUCCAGCCUAGCAGGAUUGACUGGAUAACUUUGCUUGAUAGAUUGAAAGAACAAAAUACUUCUUUAUACUAUAAGAUUGCAGAACUUGUACUUGACGAGGAGUCCUUCCAAACUAACAUACGGGACUAUUCAAAGCUGAUUGAUGCCCAUGCUAAAGAGAACCGCCUAAAAGAUGCUGAGACGAUUCUUAAAAAGAUGAAUGAAAAUGGAAUCUUGCCCGAUAUAUUAACAUCCACCAUUAUGGUUCACAUGUACAGCAAGGCAAGCAACAUUGAUCGUGCAAAGGUAGCAUUUGAAAGCUUGCGGAGCCAAGGCUUCCAGCCCGACAUGAGGGUAUACAACUCGAUGAUUAUGGCCUAUGUAAAUGCUGGCCAACCAAAGCAGGGUGAGUCAUUGAUGAGAGAAAUGGAGGCAAGGGAUAUUAAACCCACAAAGGAGAUCUAUAUGGCCUUGCUUCGGUCAUUUGCCCAAUGUGGUGAUGUUAAUGGAGCACAAAGAAUUGCUACCACUAUGCAGUUUGCAGGGUUCCAGCCAAGUUUAGAAUCAUGUACAUUGCUUGUCGAGGCGUUUGGGCAAGCUGGUGACCCAGAUCAGGCAAGGCACAAUUUUGACUACAUGAUAAAAAUAGGACACAAGCCUGACGAUAGGUGCACUGCUAGCAUGAUUGCAGCUUAUGAGAAGAAGAAUUUACUGGAUAAGGCCUUGAAUCUACUACUGCAGCUUGAGAAGGAUGGAUUUGAGCCUGGGGUUGCUACUUACACUGUUCUGGUAGACUGGUUGGGUAAGUUACAGCUUAUUGAUGAAGCCGAGCAGGUAUUGGACAAGAUUUCUGUGGAGGGUGAGGCUCCUCCUUUUAAGGUUCAUAUAAGCCUUUGUGAUAUGUACUUGAAGGCUGGGGUUGAGAAGAAAGCUCUUCAAGCACUUGGGGUCGUGGAGGCCAAGAAAGAGCUACUCAGACCAGAGGAAUUUGAGAGGAUUAUAAAUGCGCUGAUAGCUCGUGGUUUUGUACAGGAUGCCCGAAGGAUGCAUGGGUUGAUGGAAGCCCAGGGAUUUGCAGCAUCAGAGCCGCUUAAAGUGGCCUUGAUGGCAGCUCAAGCUGUAGGCCGCAAGAGACCAACAAUGAGAUAAUUCUAUAAUGACUUUGGAAAACGGCACAUAUUGCAUGGUCAGCCGGAGUAAAUUGAGCUCUUUUGCACAUUAUAACGUGAACUUAUCCAUGUCGGUGCAUUUGCCAUGGCUUUGUGCCCCUAAAAACGAAAAUCAUUUCUAUCCCCUCGGACUGAUUCUCCAUGUGAGCUACUGGGGCUAUCAUCCUGUGUUUUACAGCAUAAAUGUUGAAUUAUUUCUUGAUUGAUCCUGCGUAGUGAGACAGUCAUUAUGAAAAUUCCAAUGUUGUUCCUGUUUAGCAUCUUCAAUACAUGAUCUUUGUGAUUAAUGAGAAUAAUUAGGUGAUUCAGGCACAAAUCUUUUUUUCUUUUUCUUUUUCUUUUUCUUUUUGACAUUGGGGCAUUUUCUUCCAAUGGUCUUGA